AUGGAGGUCAGGGCAUGGAGGUCAGGGUAUGGAGGUCAGGGUAUGGAGGUCAGGGUAUGGAGGUCAGGGUAUGGAGGUCAGGGUAUAGAGGUCAGGGUAUGGAGGUCAGGGUAUAGAGGUCAAGGCAUGAAGGUUAGAGUAUGGAGGUCAAGGCAUGAAGGUCAGGGUAUGGAGGUCAGUGUAUGGAGGUCAGGGCAUGAAGGUCAGGGCAUGGAGCGAGAAUCAGAGGAUAACACAGCAGUACGUGCUACAGUGGGAGAGACAUCAGAGGAUAACACAGCAGUCCUACAGUGGGAGAGACAUCAGAGGAUAACACAGCAGUACGUGCUACAGUGGGAGAGACAUCAGAGGAUAACACAGCAGUACGUGCUACAGUGGGAGAGACAUCAGAGGAUAACACAGCAGUACGUGCUACAGUGGGAGAGACAUCAGAGGAUAACACAGCAGUACGUGCUACAGUGGGAGAGACAUCAGAGGAUAACACAGCAGUACGUGCUACAGUGGGAGAGACAUCAGAGGAUCACACAGCAGUACGUGCUACAGUGGGAGAGACAUCAGAGGAUAACACAGCAGUACGUGCUACAGUGGGAGAGACAUCAGAGGAUAACACAGCAGUACGUGCUACAGUGGGAGAGACAUCAGAGGAUAACACAGCAGUACGUGCUACAGUGGGAGAGACAUCAGAGGAUAACACAGCAGUACGUGCUACAGUGGGAGAGACAUCAGAGGAUAACACAGCAGUACGUGCUACAGUGGGAGAGACAUCAGAGGAUAACACAGCAGUACGUGCUACAGUGGGAGAGACAUCAGAGGAUAACACAGCAGUACGUGCUACAGUGGGAGAGACAUCAGAGGAUAACACAGCAGUACGUGCUACAGUGGGAGAGACAUCAGAGGAUAACACAGCAGUACGUGCUACAGUGGGAGAGACAUCAGAGGAUCACACAGCAGCAGUCCUACAGUGGGAGAGACAUCAGAGGAUCACACAGCAUGGGAGAGACAUCAGAGGAUAACACAGCAGUACGUGCUACAGUGGGAGAGACAUCAGAGGAUAACACAGCAGUACGUGCUACAGUGGGAGAGACAUCAGAGGAUAACACAGCAGUACGUGCUACAGUGGGAGAGACAUCAGAGGAUAACACAGCAGUACGUGCUACAGUGGGAGAGACAUCAGAGGAUAACACAGCAGUACGUGCUACAGUGGGAGAGACAUCAGAGGAUAACACAGCAGUACGUGCUACAGUGGGAGAGACAUCAGAGGAUAACACAGCAGUACGUGCUACAGUGGGAGAGACAUCAGAGGAUAACACAGCAGUACGUGCUACAGUGGGAGAGACAUCAGAGGAUCACACAGCAGCAGUCCUACAGUGGGAGAGACAUCAGAGGAUCACACAGCAGUACGUGCUACAGUGGGAGAGACAUCAGAGGAUCACACAGCAGUACGUCCUACAGUGGGAGAGACAUCAGAGGAUAACACAGCAGUACGUGCUACAGUGGGAGAGACAUCAGAGGAUAACACAGCAGUACGUCCUACAGUGGGAGAGACAUCAGAGGAUCACACAGCAGCAGUCCAUCGAACAGUGGGAGAGAAUCAGAGGAUAA